AUGUAUGAUUUGAAGACAGAUGAUGGAUUAGCAGCUUUUGAUGGCCAUUUGAAAGAUUUCGCAUAUGCGUCUGGAUACACACCAUCUGGCGACGAUAUGCAGCUGUUCGCGUCGCUCAGCGCAGAACCGACUAUGAAAUAUGUUAAUGUUUUGCGAUGGUACCGGAAUAUAAGUAGUUUCAACGACGAAGAGCGAAAAUUAUGGCCUGCUCCGAUGACUUCUGCCAACGGAGUUCUCGAGAAGCUUGACGAAGACAUAGAUUUAUUCGGCUCUGAUGACGAAGAUGACGAUGAAAAAGCACGCAUAACUGCUGCGCGACUUAAGGCAUAUGAAGAGAAGAAAGCGAAAAAGCCCGCUGUGAUUGCCAAGUCGAACAUCAUUUUUGAUGUAAAACCGUGGGAUGAUUCGAUUGAAAUAGCCGAUAUCGAGAAGAGUAUAAGAACGAUCGAAUUGGAUGGGCUUGUAUGGGGAGCAGCAAAAGUUUUGCCCGUGGCUUAUGGCAUAAAAAAACUUCAGAUCUGUUGUGUGGUGGAAGAUGAGAAAGUAUCCUCAGAUUGGUUAGAAGAGCAAAUUAUGGGCUUCGAUGAUUUAGUGCAGUCGGUUGACAUUGUAGCUUUCAAUAAAGUAUAA